AUGAACCAAGUCAUAUCGUCCAAAAAGAAAAUAUCUGGUUUGCUAAUAAAACGUAAUCUUUCAAAGAUGCCGCAAGACCAACAAGAUAUAGCCUUGAUUAAGGAAUGGCUUGCAAAAGAACCACAUCUGCCACGUGACCUUGAUGAUUUCGUACUGAAGAAGUUUCUUCACAGCUGUUACGGCAGCUUGGAGCGGACUAAAAGGUGCAUAGAGAAGUUUUGCACCACCCGCAGCGUCAUGUCCGAAGUGUACACUACAAGGGAUCCCAUAUCGCCGAAGAUUCAAACUGCGUUCUCCAUAACAAAUAUAUCCACAUACGAAGCCAACAAUCAAGAGAUCCUUAUUCACCAAUUCGAGGAUCCAACUCUCGAGAAGUUUCAAUUUUACGACAUACUGAAAAGUUUCAGCAUACAAGCUGACAUGUGGAUAAAGACGACAAAGUUUCUACCCGACGGACAUAUCAUCAUCCUCGACAUGAACAAUUAUUCACUGCGCAUGAUUCCUAGAGUCAAUUUUUUUUUCUUUAGAGAGUUCCUCAUUUAUUUACUUGAAGCAAUGCCGGUUCGUGUUAAACAAAUCUAUGGAAUAAACGCGCCUUCUUUCUAUGAUAAAUUAUUUGUUUUGGUCAAACCAGCGCUGCCCGCUGAAAUUUGUGAUAUGAUUCGCUUUCUACCUGACACUCAGAGCUUGCACGAAUUUAUAGAUAAGAAAUAUUUACCUUUGGAAUAUGGUGGAGAUGCUCCAAGCAUGAAAAAACAACAUGAAGAUUGGAUUGUCCAAAUACAAGAUGAGAGGUCUAUGUUUCACGAUGAUUUAUGGAAAGCGGACUUGAAGAAGAAGCCUAAAUCUAAUUCUUUUGAAAGCUCAAUGAAUGGUUCCUUCAAAACCUUAUGUAUAGAC